ACAUAUCGUUAGAGAUCACUGCAUUCUGACGUAAUUAUUACUGCAUUUUGUUUAUUUGGGAAAUAAGUCAGGCCUUGUCCGACAUCUAAUAACCUCGGAAUGGCGACAACAAUUAUCACGCAGCGGGGACAGGUGUGCAUUGGUGAGCUGCCUCAGGAUUUCCUGAGAAUCGGCCCGAUGCAGCAGCAGGAGCAGGUGCAGCUCGACGCCCAGGCGGCCCGACAGCUGCAGUUCGGAGGAUCUCUAGCGACAGCUGGCCGCCUCAGCAUCACCGUGGUACAGGCGAAGCUUGCGAAGAACUAUGGGAUGACACGCAUGGACCCUUACUGCAGGAUUCGACUUGGCUACGCCGUCUAUGAGACUCCUACUGCACACAAUGGAGCAAAGAACCCUCGCUGGAACAAAGUCAUCCAGUGCACCGCCCCACCGGGGGUCGACUCCUUCUACCUGGAAAUAUUCGAUGAGAGAGCGUUUUCCAUGGACGACCGCAUCGCAUGGACACACGUGACGAUCCCAGAGAGUCUGCGAGAGGGAACCGUCGUGGACGAGUGGUACAGCUUGAGCGGGAGACAGGGUGAUGACAAAGAAGGCAUGAUUAAUCUUGUCAUGUCCUUCGCUUCAAUACCUGCAGGAAUGAUGAUGCAGCAGCAGCCUGUGGUUCUGAUGCCUACAGUUUAUCAACAGGGCGUUGGAUACGUGCCCAUAGCAGGUGUCCCUGGUAUGUAUAACCAAGGUGUGGUACCCAUGGGAAUGCCAGCCGUGCCUGCUGUCAUGUCACAGAGCGCCCCCUGCGGUGAAGAAGACCUUAAAGCCCUUCAGGACAUGUUUCCCAACCUGGACAAGGAGGUGAUCCGCACCGUUCUGGAGGCCCAACAGGGCAACAAGGAAGCUGCCAUUAACUCCUUGCUACAGAUGGCCGAGGAGCUUUAACUGCAGAUCUGUCACUCAGCUGGCGCUUAAAUCUACCAACAAUGUAAAACUUUAUACCAAAAAGAGCCUGUAAAUAAGCACACUAUCAACCCUUAACCGUAGCAAGUAAAUCUAACAAACAUUUUAAUUGUCUAUGUUAAAUCAGCAUUCAGGAUGGAACGUUAUAGAGAAUGAAGGAUGAUUUUCUGCUGAGGGCAGUAUGCCAUAUCUGUUGUAGUAGUGAUCCCAUGUCUUAAAGAUGUUUGAUAUAUUAUGCUUUUAUCUGAAUGAAUUUAAUUACAUAAAUGCACAUGAUAUAUAAUUUAUUUUGAAGAUUAUUAAAGAGAUACAAGAGCA